UUUCAAAAAUUAAAAAUGGGUAAGCGAGGAAGAAAGAUCAGAAGAACCAGGAAAUACAGGAUCAAAGAAAGUGAAGAGCAGAAAAGAGUUCUUACUGAACAAGAAAUUGAGAGAAAGAAGGAGCUCAAGAAGGAGUUGAGGAGGAAAAUCAGAGAGAAAAAGAACAACCAUACUAAGUGGCUGAUAGAAACAACUACUGAAGAAAUGCUACAGAGUGAUAGUUUCGAAAAUUCUAAGGUUCGGGAGAAGCAACUUGAUGCAAAAUUGAAGCAGCUUAGUGAGGAAUUAGAGCAAACUCAGCAACAAAUUCUUUUGAAUGAAGAUAAGCGAAAUUUACUUGAAAAGGUUGAUCCAGAGGCUCUUGAAAAGGUUAUAGAAGACCUCAAAGAAGAAGAGUCUUAUUUUGAUGAAGAAAUCAAAAGCUUCAAGUUAAAGAUGAGGAACGUCAUCAUCGAAAUUAACCAAAUCAUUAAAAAAGAAGAGGAAGAAAAUAAAUUUUUAUAUGUUACAGAUUACGAUGAAUUUAAGGUGCUUUUAGAUGAGAUCGUGACUUCUAUCGACUGUCCUCUCCUCUGUUCUAGAUUCCAGGAUCCUCAAAUAGCUCCGUCUGGAAUGGUCUAUGAUAAAGCAGCUAUCGACCAACUUAUCUCUCGAUAUGACAAGGAUCCAUUUACAAGGGUAAAAUUCCAAGAGAAUUCCAGAAGAAAGCAUUACUUCUUCAAAGAGAUCUUCGGUAUUAUCAAGACGCAUGCUGAAGUUAAGAACAUUGACAUCUACUCAAUGAAAAUUUCUAAAUUAUAA